AAUAACUUAAAGCUUUCUUUCAAGGAGCAAUGGUUUCAAAUUAUUGUACUGCACUCUUCUUCUUCUUCUUGUUCACCUCUUCUUCCAUGGCGGCUUUGGUACAGCAACAGCCCCUUUUAUUGAAAUACCACAACGGGGACUUGCUAAAAGGGCCCAUCACCGUUAAUCUCAUCUGGUACGGAAAGUUCACUCCAGUCCAGCGCUCCGUAAUAGUUGAUUUUCUGCAGUCUCUCAGCUCUCCAAAAGCCCUCGUGCCCUCUGUUUCUUCCUGGUGGAAGACAACUGAGAAGUACAAAGGGGGUGGUUCAUCUACGCUCGUUGUAGGGAAGCAAAUCCUCGACCAAAAUUACUCUCUUGGAAAAUCCCUCAAGAAUUCUCAAAUAAUUUACUUGGCCUCCAAGGGUGGGCAUUUAAGGGGGUCGAUUAACGUUGUAUUGACGGCUAAAGAUGUCGCCGUUAAUGGUUUUUGCAUGAAUAGAUGUGGGAGCCACGGGUCAACCCCGGGCCCGACUCGGUUUGCUUAUGCGUGGGUGGGGAACGCCGAGACUCAGUGCCCGGGUUACUGUUCUUGGCCUUUCCAUCAGCCUGUUUACGGCCCGCAGACCCCACCUUUAGUGACGCCAAACGGAGAUGUUGGAGUUGAAGGGAUGAUCAUAAACCUGGCCACGGUUUUGGCGGGAACUGUGACGAACCCGUUUAAUAGCGGGUAUUUCCAGGGCCCGGCGAUGGCACCUUUGGAGGCUGUGACUGCUUGCACGGGCGUGUUCGGAUCGGGUGCUUACCCGGGUUACGCCGGUAAUGUGUUGACUGAUAAAACUACUGGAGCCAGCUACAAUGCGCACGGGGUAAACGGCCGGAAAUUCCUGGUCCCGGCGAUGUGGGACCCGAAAACAUCUCAGUGCGUGCCGCUAGUCUGAUUUCGGUAUCGGGAAAAGAGAGAUUACCCAGUGUGCACACAUGUAUGUAUGUAAAUACACUUCUGGAGAAAGGAGUCUGGAUGGAUUUGGAACCUUCGAGGAAGAGGAAGAGGAAGAGGAUGGUGGGAGUGCGUGGAAGGUGUGUUUCUGCGUCGUCGUUUAGUAUAAAAUGUAAAGCCUCUUUUCGUAUGGGAGAAGUAUGAGAAAAUGCCACUUGACAUAAUAAUAAUAAUAAAAUGGGGAUAAUUUUGAAAAAGUAAAGGGUUAAAAUUGCCUUAA